GCUAGAAGAUUGUUGUCAUUUUUUUUUUCUGUGGCUAGCCUUUAGCGUUAGCUACCAGUUGGAUUUUUGUUUCUCUUCAACACCCUUUCAUCCAGCAGAAUGUUAGGAUGGAUUGGGGUCCAAGUCUGCCGGACAGCUUGGUUUUGGAGAUCUUCCUGCAUCUGCCCCACGAUGCCGUGCUGAGAGCCGGCCUGACCUGCAGACAAUGGCAGGCGGUCUCCAGAGAUGAGUUCCUGUGGAGGGAGCUGUUCUACAGUUACUACCGGAUACCGCGCUCCGUUCCUCGACACCCGUCGGCCGUGUCGUGGUACAGGGAGUUCAAGCGUCUAUAUGACUGCAUCCCGUGUGUGGAAGUCCAGACGCUGAGGGAGCACAGUGACCAGGUGCUUCACUUGGCUUUCUCCCACAGGGGCCAUCGCUUCUCUUCCUGCUCUAAGGACUGCACAGUUAAGCUGUGGGACACGGAACGGCAAGAUGGAAACAUCUCGUUGGUGCACAGCUCCAGCAUGCGUCAGUUUAACUGGGGCUACACCCAGUUCUCCCAGUUCAACCCCGACGAUACCCUGCUGCUCGUAUCCGGCGUCUACCUGGGCCCACACCACUCAUCUUCUGGGGAAAUUGCCGUCAUUAGUCUGGAAAAUUACACGCUGCUGUCGCGGGUCAGGAACAAACCGUACGACGUGUUUGGCUGCUGGCUGAACGAGACGCACCUGAUCUCGGGGAACCUGCACUGGAUCGGCAACAUGACGUCCUGCUCGGUGCUCUGGCUCAACAAAGCUUUCCAGGUCAACUUGCCUGAACUGGAUAUCGAGUCCGAGAACGUAAACGUCGUGAAGCGUCUUUUCAAGAUCCAGAACAUCAACGCCAGCACCAUCCGGACGGUGAUGGUGGCGCACUGUCGCCGCCACGACAACCCGGACCUGCUGCUGGACUACGAGGCUCAGUCUCAGGCGAGGCGGCAGAAAGCAGAGCAGGACAAUCAGCAUCACCCUCUUCUGUUCGACCUGGGAGCCUCGGGCAGCGAGGAAGAGGAGGAGGCGGAGAGCGAGGAGCAAUGCGGCACGGACGGAAGGAGCCACGGCUUCUCGUCCGCACGGAUCCCCCAGCCCACGAUAUCCGGCCUGGACCACGUCAUUCAUAGCCGUAAACACGUGGGGGCCAGGGAGCUGCAGAUUGAGACCCAGGUUGCUCAGAUGAUGGGUAGAGCCUACACCAAGGCCCCUGACUCCAACCUCAUCGACCCCUCUGAGCCUGGAGAGGGCGAGGAUAAAACAUACUUACUCUUCACCACCGGCAGCCUUACCUACUCCCCCCACCAGAUAGGCAUUAAGCGCAUCAAGCCUGACCAGAUGACCACCUCCGGCCCUGUGCUCGGAGAGGAGAGGAGCUCCGAGGAGUUCUUUGAUUCACUGGACCACGUUAUUGAUAUUCACGGCCACAUCAUUGGAAUGGGCCUUUCUCCUGACCACAGGUAUCUUUAUGUAAAUAGCCGAGCUUGGCCGAAGGGAUGCGUGAUCUCAGAUCCCAUGUCCCCGCCUCCCAUCGCCGAGGAGAUAGACAUGCACGUCAUCGACCUGAAGAGUUUGAGGGAGGAGAGGAGAAGUCUCCGGGCCCACCGGGCCUUCACGCCCAACGACGAGUGCUUCUUCAUCUUCCUGGAUGUCAGCAGGGACUUCGUUGCCAGCGGAGCCGAGGACAAGCACGGCUACAUCUGGGACCGCCACUACAACAUCUGCCUCGCGCGACUGGCGCACGACGACGUGGUGAACUCGGUGGCGUUCAGCCCCGCCGACCAGGAGCUGCUGCUCUCCGCCAGCGACGACUCCACCAUCAAGGUGUGGCGCUCGCCCCGCAUGGUGCGCCUCUCUCAGGCGUCGCCCCGGCAGCUGAGGCCCCGCAGCCUGCUGCCGUCCUGGCUGCUGCGCCACAAGAACUCCACGUUUUCGGGCAGCGUGAACGGGAAAGCCGUGAGCGAGGGCUGGAAGAAACCCUCGGAGGGGAAGUAGAGCGGGAGGGGGAGGGACGGUUCAAACACUCCGCGUGUGUGAGCAGCGUGUGUUCUCAAUGGUGACCUGAAGCACUCAGAACACAGAGGGAAGGGGGAUGCAGACACAAGGGGGCGACGUUGCACCGACCAAAGGGAGAACUGACGCCCGGUGCUGCUGCUGAGGAUCUACCCAUUGAUACCAGAUGAAGGUUGUGAGACAGAACUCUGAGAUGCUAUCAUGUUUUUUUUUCUCUGUACCGAUGCACCCGACCCGAGCGGACCAACAGAGACGCAGAGGUGGCUCCUUUCUGAUCAUGGUUGUUCUCAUUCAGGGUCAAGUGCGGUGACUGACACUUUUUUUUUUUUAUUAUUAUUAUUAUUCAUAAGACAAUCUUUAAUUGGUGCCCUUUAUGAAACACAUCUUUGGAGAAUGAAACCACAGUUUAAAAGGCUAAAGGGAUAAAUAUAUAUAAAUAUAUAUAUAUAUUGUCAAAGCUAUAUUUAAAGUAGUCUUCCUUAGUUUUAUUGGUCUCACAUCCCGUUGUCUAAAAAAUAAAAUCUAUUGUUAUUGUAAUAAAUGUAGAGUUAUUGAGCAAUUUAAUAUAAAAGUUGGCCCAGAGCAUGACUGUAAACAAGAGUGUUAUAUGUGUGUAGCUAACUGUUAUUGGAGCUAUGUGGCGUGGAAACGUUUAUUCAUUUGUCAGCACAAAGUCUCACCUUUUUAGAGACUUUUUUUUUUUUUUGUUGCUUUGUUCUUACCCAUGACAAAUUGUUUUUCUUUUCUUUUUUCUUUGUCGUUGCUUGUAAACAAAAAUGUCCCAUUUAAACCCAUCACUUCCCACCAGAGGGCCUCACUGGAUAUCAGAAUUAUUCAGAUCCAUCUCUGAUGAUUUUUAGUUCCCUUCUAUCUGUUUUAUGACCCACAGUUUGUCCACAGGCUUAAUGUUUCUGGCUGGACUCUUAAAUUGCUUAUUUAUUAAACGUUUGCUUGUUUGAGGAUAUCAGUGGAGAGAGAUUCGUUCUUUCAAUGCGGAGCAAAUUUGAAUGUGAAAGUCAACAUUCAAAUUCGCUUAAUUACGGUGAAACAAAAACAUUGACGUGGCAAAAUGUUGCACUAAGCUUUAAUGGGAGCAAUCAAUAAAAAUAAAGCAAAUGAUUCAAAAAUGGAACGAAUCGACGUCACCUUUUUUUAUCUGUGUGUGAUGUUUCUCAUGACUAAAACUGACAUUAGAUUGUUGCUAAAAUCGUGUUGAUGAAGCUACGAAGAGUAAAACUUCAUGGUGCUGCUGUAAUUCAACGUUCAGUGCCUCUGAAAUAGUACAAAUCAACCAGUUGAAAGUGAAUCGGCGGCAGUUUUAGCUCCACCUGCAGAAGCUUGAGGUACUUUCACCAGGUAGACGCUGACGUUUCCAUGUGGGCUCCAGGAUGAAAGAGGAUAUGACUGAUCAUAAAACCCCUGUUAUUCUUAGUGGUGUGUGUGUGUGUGUGUUUUUGAGAAGUCUCUGACAAGAUCUGUUAUUUUUUUCACGUUUUGAAACGUGUGUAGUAAGUCGGAAACUCUUUCAUAAUGUUCCUUUUGCCUCCCUCGUCUCCGUCUUUAUGUUUGAUGCUGUCAGCUGUUGUUUCCAUGCACCCUUUAGAUAAAACGCAUGUCCCACAAAGAAUAAACCUGAAGACCUGUCAGAUUGAUGUUUAAACUGUUGUGCAGCUCUCAAUUAAAGGUUGUGGAUAGAAAAGUA